GCGCGUGCUGGGUUCUGCUGGCUGCGGGGAGGGCUGGUGGCCGGUACUGGCCGGGUGCGUUGGACGUUGCGGUACCGUGGCUGGGCGGGCGCGUGGGCCGCUCUCCGGGGAGAGGCGCUGCGGGGGCCAGCCAGGAGUCGGCCCUGACCUUGCCCAGGUCCCGCUGGGAGAGCGGAGGCCGCCGGGCUCGGGGGGCCUGGCACCCCCGUGUUCCUGGCGCCGACCCGAGCGGACUGGGGCCUUUGGGCGCUCCUACUCCGCGGGCCCCCAAGCCCGUCCGCCGUCUCCCUGCCGCUCCGCCAGGCCGGCAGGGCACCACCGCCCGGAGGAGACCGCACACUGUGACCUCUGCGCGCCUCUGCCCCUCGGGCUCCCUCAGCCGCGCGUGUGUUGGGGCUCGGGGCUGCCUGCGCCCCCGGGCGGCCGGGGCUCUCGCCCCCCGCAUGACACUGCGAGGGGCGCCCCUCUCCGGGCCAGAUUAGGGCCCCACUUAGACCUGGGCCCCCGCCUGUUCAAGAUGUACAAUUUUUUCUCUUCAAAUCUGAUCUAAAAUUAGAAGUUGUGAUGGGUUUGUCUGCUUCAUCUCCAUCUAUUGCUGCUCAGUCAGAAAAUGUAUCUGUACACCCUCAAACAGCAUCUCCACCUUCAGAAUGUCCCAUGCACCAGGAAAAAAUGGAAGGUUGUCCAAUGCACAUGAAAUCUCCUGACCAAGGUGCUGAGAACCAAAAUAAUAAUAUUCCUGCACAUCAGGAACGAGCAUAUGAAUAUGUGGAGUGUCCGAUGAAAUCUAGUACAUCUCAAAUGAAAGAUGACAUAGAUCCUAGAAAUAUGAUGCCACCGCCUAAUCAAAUGCCAUCCCUGAAUCAACCAUUUCCAUUAUCAACUAUCAGAGAAGAGUCUUCCAUUCCUAGAGCGCAUUCAGAACAAAAAUGGGUUUAUCCGUCAGAACAAAUGUUUUGGAAUGCUAUGCUAAGGAAAGGAUGGAGGUGGAAAGAUGAUGACAUAAACCCCAAAGAUAUGAAUAAUAUUAUCAAGAUUCACAAUCAGAACAAUGAGCAGGCUUGGAAAGAGAUUUUAAAGUGGGAAGCUCUUCAUGCUGGGGAAUGCCCAAGUGGACCAUCAUUGAUCCGGUUUGGAGGUAAAGCUAAAGAGUAUUCACCCAGAGCCAGAAUUCGCUCAUGGAUGGGAUAUGAACUUCCUUUUGACAGACAUGAUUGGAUUAUUGAUCGUUGUGGGAAGGAAGUCAGAUAUGUUAUUGAUUAUUAUGAUGGUGGUGAAGUAGAUAAUUCUUAUCAGUUCACCAUCUUGGAUGUCCGUCCUGCAUUUGAUUCUCUCUCUGCUGUGUGGGACAGAAUGAAAGUAGCUUGGUGGCGUUGGACUUCAUAACUACACUGAAACUGUACUUUCUCAGAUUGAAGAUGAGCUGCCAUUUGAACUUUAAAUAAAGAUUAUAGUAAUUGUGCUUAUCUUCAUUAACCAACAUUGUCCUUCUCUCUGGGGGAAAACACUAUGCAGUUUUGUAUGAACAGAUACUUCAUACCAUCUUUAAUUUAAAAGUAAGGUACAUGCUUUUCUCUAUUUAGGUUUAUUUCAGUGGUCAAGUUCUCUCCUAGCUGGAAAAUCUUGUGUACUUUACAGUCAAUUAAGACUAAACUACACAAAAUUAGUGACUCUCACAAAGUGCCAGGCACAAUGGGGCUUGAUGCUAAUUUAGCCUUUAGGCACUACUGCAGUAUAGAUGGCAAAAAGAGGGAGUUUUGUAAAUGUUUUUACUUGGUCAUUAAAAGUGGUAUAUGGAUACCAUGAUGGUGGGUGUGGUGUAAAAAUCUAGGUAGAGAACUUAUUGUUGCAAAUUAAUUUAUAUACAGUUAUAUACCCGUAUUUUACUCAUCCGUAUCUAAAUCUGCUGAGAUGAUUUCAGUUGGACUAACUGUUUAAAUAAAAAAUAUGGCAUGUGAAUAUUUUUAAAGGUAUGUUCAACUGAAACUAAUGUAGAAAGAGUUGUGCCUAUUUUCAAGAGACUUUUUU